AAAAUAGAGAUAGUUAUGAAUGUGACAGUUCCAAAGACGUCACGGGGUCGCACAAUAGAGAAUGACGUUCCCCCUUUACAGUAUUUAAAAAGACCCAACAUUUUAGAAUUAACAGACGUGGAUAUUGCUUAUUUGAGAAAGGGUGCCUGGAACAAAACAGACAUGAGCGUCUUCACUUUGUUAUUGGUGUUGUUGUACAUGCAGAGUUGUUCAUGCUUUACAGACGACGAAAAGCAACAGAUUGUGGAUAAACAUAACAACUACCGUCUUAACGUAUCGCCAUCAGCAGGCGACAUGCGUAAACUUGUUUAUGACGAUACAGUUGCUAGCGUGGCUAUAGACUGGGUUGCGACGUGUCCAACCAACCACAACCCGAAUCGGAAUAACUAUGGGGAGAAUAUGGCGUUCAGUACUCAACCUUUUGAUGGAGACAGUCUACUGUCAGGGAUUGAAGGCUGGUAUGAAGAAGUUGGCGACUAUACUUAUUCCACAGGAGCAUGUGAGGCUGGUAAAAUGUGUGGCCACUAUACACAGGUUGUGGACACAAGAAGUUUGAAAGUUGGCUGUGCAACGAAUGCGAAUCCGUGUUCGGGUGUUACGUACCCGUAUGUAUUUGUGUGUAAUUAUGAUCCAGCGGGGAAUUUUAAUGGUCAGAAGCCGUACAAACUCGGAUCACGUUGUAGCCUAUGCCCAGAUGAGACCAAAUAUUGUGAAGACGAAUUCUGUAGUAAGAGAACAACGCCACCUCCCAUUAUUCUUCCUCUUUAUUCUACACGCUCC